UUUUUUUUUUCACUUAGUUUCAUUCUAAAACCAAGCAACUUCUUUAUGAUUAUUAUUAUUAUGCAUUCUGGAUAACUUCUGUUGGUAAUUUCACACUAAAAACAUACUUGAAAGGUGGAUUAAUUUACUUGGGUGGGUUUGGUUUCUGAAGAAUGUACUUACUUGAUAGUAAUUACCCGGAAAGGAUGGAGCGGGGUACGCCACAAAGGAAAACCGUGUACCGGAUCUCUUUGACAUUAGUGAAAAAAGAGAGUCUGCACGAUGGAGGGGGCUCAGAGCACCGGCGACUGGAGAACCCUAAAGUGAACACGUACAGGCGAGAGGGAUCCUGUGAGAUUCAGCGGACCUCCCAGCUGGAAGAACUGAAAGAAGUGGAGGACGAGACGGACGAAUUUCAUGCCCACUCAUACAUGAGGAACUUUAGGACCUUUAGUACUGGACAUCUGGAGCUGGGCAGGUUAAAAAUCUCUAGGAGGUUGCAGAAUUCACCCAAAGACAAGGAAUUAAAUGAAACAUGCAUCUUGCCAGAGAAUGGUCAGAGCAAGCUUACUGAAAAUGCGGCAACAAUGUGCGCAAAGAAUGUGCCAGCACAGGAUAAGACUGAAACUGAUAGACUAAAGCAUGAAGAAAUCUGCAGUGCAGCUGCGCCUAAUGGACAAAACACUGGCAUUAGAAAGAAGACCCUCAAGACCUCCAGGAGCACAGAAGAACCGGUAAGUACUUGGUCAGAUGAGACUCAGGCCCCAGAGGAGGCAAAGGACUUUCCGAAGGCCAGAGAGAGCUGCAUCUCCGCUUUACUGGCCAAAGGGAAUGGGAAGUCCCCCAAACUGGCACCUCAAACCCCCACAGUGAAGAGGCACCCAAGCCUGCUGCGUCGAAGUUUCAGCUUUCGCCACUGGACGGGUGGAGAGUUGAUUCGCAUUCGGGCACUCUCCAAAGAGAAGCACCACAGCAGCUCGGGCUGCAUCGGCCGCGACGGCGGGGAGAGCCAGGCUCAGUCCGGCGUGGUUCUGCAAAACCCGGCCUUCGAUGAGUCGGAGUCCGCUGAGAAGCGAAAAACCUUGGAUGUCAGCGAAGUGCUGAGCAAACCCGACUCCAUGACGGAGCUGAGCCGCAGAGACAGGGCAAAGGGCAAGAACCGCACUUUGGACAACAGUGAUCUUCUCAGGCUUUCGGAGAAAUCUUUGUUGGAAAAGGAGGGAUUCAUCAGAGGGACAGGCUCCCGUUCCAGCGGACAGGAGCGUAAACUCAUUCGGUUCUUCAGUGGUAUCUUCUCAAAGCGAGAUGGGACAUCUACGCCAUUGAGCAGCCCCAGCAAUCGGGCACUUCGAAAGAACGGCCUGCUGGGAUCUCAGCGGCGAUCCGAAAUGGCCUACUCACAGUCCAGCACAGAAAGUGUCAAUGGAUGUCCACCGGAGGAUGCCUUUGUCAACAGUCAGGAGUGGACGCUCAGCCGCUCAGUACCAGAACUCAAAGUGGGCAUUGUGGGUAACUUGGCCAGUGGGAAGUCUGCACUAGUGCACCGGUAUCUGACAGGGACAUACGUGCAGGAAGAAAGCCCUGAAGCUGACGUGGAUGCAGGAGGACGCUUUAAAAAGGAGAUUGUGGUGGAUGGACAGAGUUACCUCCUCCUGAUCAGGGAUGAAGGGGGACCUCCGGAGGCUCAGUUUGCAUUGUGGGUGGAUGCGGUGAUCUUUGUGUUUAGUCUGGAGGAUGAGAUCAGUUUUCAGACGGUCUAUCACUAUUAUAGUCGUAUGGCCAACUACCGCAACACAGCCGAAGUGCCCCUGGUGCUUGUGGGAACUCAGGAUGCCAUCAGUGCAGCUAACCCUCGUGUCAUCGAUGACACGCGCGCUCGUAAACUGUCCAAUGACCUGAAGAGGUGCACCUACUACGAGACCUGUGCCACCUACGGCCUCAAUGUGGAACGGGUCUUCCAGGACGUGGCUCAGAAAAUAGUUGCGACUCGGAAGAAACAGCAACUGUCUAUUGGACCCUGUAAGUCGCUGCCCAACUCACCAAGUCACUCCUCGGUCUGUGCUGCACCUGUGUCCGCAGUGCACAUCAGCCAGACCAGUAAUGGCGGAGGCAGUUUGAGCGAUUACUCCUCUUCCGUGCCCUCCACUCCCAGUACCAGUCAGAAGGAAUUGCGUAUCGAUGUGCCCCCAACUGCCAACACCCCUACGCCCGUCCGCAAACAGUCCAAACGACGCUCCAACCUCUUUACGUCUCGGAAGGGGAGCGAACCAGACAGGGAGAAGAAAGGGAUUGACAGUCGUGCAGACAGCAUUGGAAGUGGCCGCGCUAUCCCAAUUAAACAGGGCAUGUUGCUGAAAAGAAGCGGCAAAUCGCUCAACAAAGAGUGGAAGAAAAAAUAUGUCACGCUUUGUGACAAUGGAGUCCUCACCUACCAUCCCAGUCUGCAUGAUUACAUGCAGAAUGUUCAUGGAAAGGAGAUCGACCUGCUUCGGACUACAGUGAAGGUUCCAGGGAAGAGGCCCCCCAGGGCCAUCUCCACAUGUGCGGCCCCCAGCCCCAAAACAAAUGGGCUGGCCAAGGACAUGAGCAACCUGCAGCUUGGACAGACAGCUGGAUCCGUGAGCAGUAGUUCUUCUGUAUCUCAGAUGGCGAGUGGCAUCAGUCUGGUAUCGUUUAACAGUCGGCCGGACGGGAUGCACCAGCGCUCAUACUCUGUGUCCAGCGCUGACCAAUGGAGUGACGCCACGGUCAUCGCCAACUCGGGUAUCAGUACAGAUACUAGCCUUGGAGAUUCCAUGUGCUCCAGUCCUAGUAUAUCCAGCACCACCAGUCCAAAAAUUGACCCGCCUCCAUCGCCACACGCCAACCGCAAGAAACACCGGAGGAAGAAGAGUACUAGCAACUUCAAGGUGGAUGGCUUCUCAGGCACCACAGAAGAACAAGAGGACAACUUUGAGUUCAUCAUCGUGUCUUUGACGGGACAGACGUGGAACUUUGAGGCAACAUCCUAUGAGGAGCGGGACGCAUGGGUGCAGGCAAUUGAGAGCCAAAUCCUGGCAAGCCUGCAGUCCUGCGAGAGCAGCAAACAGAAGUCUCGUCUGAGCACCCAAUCAGAAGCCAUCGCGCUGCAGUCGGUCAGGAACAUGAGAGGAAAUACGCGUUGUGUGGACUGUGAAGCCCAGAACCCUGAUUGGGCCAGUCUGAACCUGGGCGCUCUGAUCUGUAUCGAAUGUUCGGGCAUUCAUCGUAACCUGGGUACUCACCUGUCCCGUGUCCGCUCUUUGGAUCUGGACGAGUGGCCGCUGGAGCUCAUAAAGGUCAUGUCAGCCAUCGGCAACGAACUCGCCAAUAGCGUGUGGGAGGCCAAUGCUCAAGGACGCCUAAAGCCUGCCCCUGAUGCCAGCAGAGAGGAACGUGAGCGCUGGAUCAGGGCCAAAUAUGAGCAGAAGCUGUUUUUGGCAUCGCUAACGUGCACAGAACUGACUCUGGGACAGCAGUUAUUGCAUGCCACGGCAGAGGAAGACCUGCGCUUUGUGGUCAUACUGCUGGCCCACGGCUCCAGAGAUGAGGUCAACGAAACCUGUGGGGAAGGGGACGGCCGGACAGCCCUGCACUUGGCCUGCCGCAAGGGAAACGUGGUGAUCACACAAUUACUCGUAUGGUACGGGGUGGACAUCAUGGCACGGGAUGCCCACGGCAAUACGGCGUUGGCGUACGCACGGCAGGCUAACAGUCAGGAGUGCAUGGACAUCCUUAUUCAGUACGGUUGUCCCGACGAGCGUUACCCGCUCAUGGCUACGCCCAACCUGUCACGCAGGAACAAUAACCGCAAUAACAGCUGCAGCAGCGUGAACAGUGCAGUUAUAUGAGAAAUAAGACACGCACAUAUAAGCAUGCACUCCUUCUCCCUCGCUACACACACCCUCAUGUACAGCUCCACCUCUGCUUCAAAAUUACGAGAGCAGCAUAUACAGUACCAGACUCGAGGGAAUGACUCUAACACUGAAGAUGAUGAUGACGCAUGAGCUUUUGCACUCACAGCCCCACUUGGCACCAUGACUAUACAAGCCCUGACAUGGCGAGGGCCUUGGUCACCUCGUUGACUUUUGUUGGGAGAGUCCUUCAUCUCAAAUGUCUUGCUGCAUUAUGGAACAAAAAUGCAAAAGUGUAAAGAGCCCUACCUUUUAUUUUUAACAGCACCCGUUUUGGGAGAUUAGGGUUUGGAUUAGUGGGCUGAUGGGCUGUUGACACAUCUCUCAUCAGCAACCUGCUCCCUGCCCCUUUUCUGUGGAGUCCAGCAUAUGGCGUAGCAAGACAGGAAAUGAUGAGGCAGUAUGGGAUACUUACUCUAAUGCCGGAUCUCCAAAUGUGACCCAGAAGUCCCAGACAACUUCAUUUUGGCCACUAUCUCUUCUUUCUUUCUCUUUCCCUCUCUCUGUCACUGUUUCAGUGCAUCUAUUCUCACUCAAUUUCAUCUCCACUCUCUUACCAACACAGGGAGAGUCUCGCAACAUCUCUCAGCACAGAAUUGCAGGGAAAAAACACCAGACUUUGUCCACAAAAUUUGGGUCACGCAAGAGACUGACAUCUGCUCUCAGUACGUGAUACGCCCUUUCAGGUCAUCUUUGUCACUGUUCACACACUUUACACUGUAUGGAAGCCGGACCCCGCCAAGGAUAAAAAAAAAAAGAAAUAAUUCUGUCUUUUUUCUCACGAUUUCAACUUUAUAACUCGCAAUUGCAAGAUGUAAAGUCGCAAUGGCAUGUUUAUAUCACAGGGUUGUGACUUUGUCUCAGAACGUUUGACUUUAUCGCUCGCAAUUGCGACUUUAUUUCUUGAAAUUGCCACUUUGUAUCUUACAAUUUUGACUUAAUAUUUAACAAAUUUGACUUAUUUCUUGCAAUUGCGAGAUCGAAACGUACAAUUGCAACUUUAUAGUGAAAAUUGUGAGAUAACUGCUUCCUUAUAUCGUCCCUUUUUGCAAUUGCGACUUUUGCGUCGCAAUUUUGACUUUAUUUCUUGCAAUUUAAUAGUCGACUUUAUGAAACUGUGCAAAAUAGUGAUAUAAAAAGUGAAGCUGUUUCUCGCAAUUGCAACUUUAUAUUUUGUAAUUGCAACUUUAUAUGAUUAAAGUGAUAUAAACUCGCAGUUGUGAGUAAUAAAGUAAAAAUUAACCAAACUUUCUCGCAAUCGUGAGAUUAUAUCAUGCAGUUGGGAGAAAUAUGGUCUGAAUUUUGAGAUACUAAGUCAGAAUCCUGUUUUAUGUAUAUCAGUGAAAUUCGAAAAGCCGAAAUUGUGAGAUCUGAAGUUGAAAUUCUGAGAUAUUAAGUUAGAAAUAAGUGAGAAAUUAGUUCAAUUGCAACUAUAUAUUUCACAAUUUUGACUUUAUUGACAUGAUAUAACGUCGCAGUUUAUAGUCGAAAUGACCUCAAUUGCUACUUUCUUGCAAUCACAAGUUUAUAUCUCGCAAUUGCGAUAAAUAUGGUCAGAAGUUUUAUUUAAAAAAUCAGAAUGACCUUUUUUAUUUUCCAUGGCAGGAUCAAGACACCACAGCACUAAAUCCUGUCCUGUGUAUCUCAGGGAAGAAAUUCGAAAAGCCGAAAUUCUGAGAUAUAAAGUUGCGAUUGCAAGAAAUAAAGUCUGAGUUGUGAGAAAUAAGCACAAUUGCAACUUUAUACAUUUUACAAUUUCGACUUUAUUGACGUGAUAAAAACGUGCAGUUGUGAGACAUAAAGUCAAAAUGACCUCAGUUGCUUCUUUCUUGCAAUCGUGAUAAAUAUGGUCAGAAUAGAACGGUCUACAAUCCCAACCUGUUUGUUCUUUCUUCAUGUGACUUUCUCUCUCUCUCUCUUUGUUCUCUGUUGUAAGUGGUGUACUAUAAAGAAAAGCAUUUGAAGAAAACUCUCCCCAUGACAAAAUCCUUUAUUAUUAUGUUCCUUGUUUUAAUGCCAGGUUAAGGUCUCUGAUGAAGGUACAAGUGUGCCUGUUCGAGUUGAGUUCACUCUGCUCUCUCUUGUUCACAUUCAGUCUCCUUUCUCGCUCUCUCUUCACAGUUCUUCAUUUCCUCCUUGCCUUUAUCUUCUCUAUUGUGUCAGUGAUCUGUAGAAGUAUUAAAGCAAUAUGAAGCCAAAUUUAAACCAGGUAGACGAGUAAUAAUUGCUCACCACGUUCUUGUACAUCACGCUAGCGGUCUGAGCUGUCGUUGUUAUUGAGAGAUGUAAAGUCUGAUGCAAGACUCCGUCUCAGGGCGCAUAUCGUUAUAUCAUGGAGUAAGAUAUUGACUUGCUUCAUAAUAUGAUUUGGUGGGCUUUGAUCAUUUAAUCUCUCCUCCAGUUGAUUUCACUCUUCACUAGGUAGUAGAAAUGUGAAGUGUGAUGUGUGCGGCUUUGUGCUGUAGAAUUUAUACUCUACAAUACAAACAGCAAGUAGGUAUUUGUGAUGUGAUAUGAAGACUCUAAAGUCGUUUUUCAAGGUUUAGAUCUUGAUGGAAAAUGGUGAGGAGUUUAAAAGAUUUAGCAAAGGACAGCCCCAUGUGGAAAGGAUAAGAAAGGUUUCAUGUAUAGUUAAUUUUCCGCUCCAAAAGGUGCAGUUUUUGCCUUGUAUAUAACGUAGCAGGCCUUUUAGAGGCUUUACCACAAUAACCGUUAUUUAUGACUAAAUGCACUACACAGAUCACUUGUGAAGAGCCCACAUUAUAAUGUUCACUUCGAGUCCUUUCUGUGGAACAAGUCAUUUUUGUUUUUGAUCUUUUUGCAUGAAUGGAUGUAAAUGUUCUCUUCCUCGUGUAAAUGUCUUUGUCUUUAUAAAAUGACUAGAGAGUCUGCCAUUUUAAAAUUUGGAAAAAAUCCUUUUUAUCGACUUUUUUUGUCAGUCCUCUCUUCCACUACUUUUGCAUAGCUGGUCAUUUCUUUCAUCUGUUCAUCUGUAACUGAAUCAGGGAAAGCAUGAAGGAGCAAAAGACACCAGUCCAACCAAUCCCAUGACGGCAACCAAAGGAUCACGCCCCCCUUUUGAGCAUAUAAUGCACACGAUUUGGGAGGGUCUAUCAGUUCGUUCCAAGUUGCUCGACUCUUGUAAUUUCCCAUCGCCCGUCUCAACUUAGUGUAAAUAGAUGUAAAAAUUGAGAAACGCAUAGUAUCGCGAUUGUUUUGUUUACUUUGUUCUUUGUGUUUGUUACCUCAUUUCAUUGACAGUAUCCAUGAUACAUUCAAACCUGAGAGACCCGUUUAAUUAUUUAUGAAUUUGCUAAUCUGAAAGGGGAGGGGCUCUCUCACACUACUAGGCUUUUGUGUUUGUUCCUUUUUUCUGUCCAUCACAACUAUCACCAUUCUGAUUAGAAGUAUCGGUGUUGUAUAUCUAAUUAUUAUUGUUAUUAUAUUGAGUUUGUGUCAGCUGUACAGUACUGUGUUGAAAAUUAUACCUGAUGCAGAGUCUUAUACUGUAAUGUGUCUCUUUUCAAUAAAAAAUGCUUCUUAAUAUAA